CACAGGCUGGGAGGUGGGACACAGCAGGGGCGGGGGAAGAGGGCUGUGCCCCCAGGCUAUGUCCCUGCACUAUAAAAAUUACCUUGCCUGGAUCCAGAGUCAGGGGGAAAAAGCAGCUUUCACCUCUGCUACUGACUCCAGCAGCCUUGUCCAGGCAGGAGGACCUGAGCAAAGGCAGGACCUGAGGAUGAAUGUCCAGGCACUGACAGUCACCACUCUCCUCCUGGUGCUGCUCUGCCCAUCUGGGGCACUGGGGCUCCAGGCCAGCAACCUGGAGAGGCAGGCAGGGGCUGGGGGCCCUGGAGAAGCCCCUUGGCCACCUGGAGAUGGAGGGGACAAGCUGCCUGGGCAGGGCUCAGAGAGGAGCCACGCUCUGGCCAAGGCAUGGAAAGCGAUGAGAGAGGCACAGCCCGGCUCCAGAUCCUCCAAGGCCAUGGCCAAAGCCCUGCAGGGCAGGGGGGAGCAGCUGCCCCCUGGCAAGCCCUGGAGGCUCCCAGGGCAGCCCUCCCGCAGCAGGACAGCGAGGCUGAGCCACCAGCUGAGUGACUUCGGGAAAUUCAACAGCGACACGCACUCCUGCCACAGCAUCCAGUCCCAGCCCUGCCAGAAGCCCUCUGACUGUGGGGGCUGCCUGGGGCUCUACACCUGCAAGCUGCCUGCUGGCACCUGCAGCCUGAAAUCUGUCUCCAGGCAGACAGGUGGCUUCCUCCAAAGCUUACAGAGCCCUUAGAUGGAGAGUCAAGCUCAUCUUGGAGCAGCACAGCUAAACUAAAGCUGAAGAGGCUGUCCUGCAGCUGGAGAUCAACACUUCCUGACACAGUUGUAAAUGUUUUGGUUUGUUUUUUUUUUCAUUGUACUUCUCAUGCUGCUGCUUUUUAACACCCCCUUUGGAUUUUGUACACUAUCUAGGCUUGAUUCCCACUUUCCUGAGAGCAGUCAAUAAACACACUAAAUGCUCAUGGAGCCCUGUGCAGAGCCCCUUGGAGCUCCCCAGUGAGGCAAACAGGGCUAUUUCACAACCCUUUUAAAUUUGAGCCAUUAGGAUAUUGUAGCAAAAGCUGCCAGUAUCUCAGCAUGCUCACACACCAAUUCAAGCUGAGCUAAGCCUUGGGCAGCCUGGGAUCCCUCCCUGCUCCUUACCACAGCUCCUGCCAAGGAAGGCCAAGUCCCACGCUGGUGAAAACAUCAUUUCAGGAGAGGAAUGUGGAGUCCCCAGGAGCAGGCUUGGCAGUGUGGGACCAUGGAGGAGACCUGCUUCUGAAGGCUGGAGCUGAGCCAUACAUCAGCUCUAUUCAGCAUCCCACAGAGCUUUGCAGGCACCCUGGCCACCUUCACUGCUGUGGGGGUGACCCCAGCUUUGCAAAGCUUUGUGAUGUUUCCAUUAAAAACUCCU